AUGGUUACCAAUCCCACUCUAUAUCCUCCUGAUAUUACUAUAACCAUGGUUAGCAAGACUCAUUAUUUUAGCGCAAACUGUAUGGGUAAUGAUGAAUGUCCAUUGACAUUAGAUGAUGCUGGCGGCGUUUUAGGACAUGCAUACUUUCCUGACUCUAGCGGCACCUGUAGAGAAAUCCAUUUAGAUAUAAAUGAACGCUGGUAUUUUGGAAAUAAUCCUAAUAUACCCAAAAAUCAAACUAGUUUUCUUAUGGUGUUGGUUCAUGAAAUUGGACAUGCCCUCGGCAUAGCACAUAGUGCUUCUCCGAAUGCUAUUAUGUUUGCCUUCUAUCAGCAUGAGAUUCGUGGUCUAGAUGUUGAUGAUAUAAAUGCAGUACAAUAUCUAUAUGGAAGAAAAAACAAAUAUGAUUCAAUCCCAAAGUCUACCACCGCAUCAGCAAUACCAAAAACAACAACAACUAUAAGAUCUACAACUCGAUUCGGAGUAUCUGAGGUUUCACCAUUGAAUGAAAACAUUUUUCCUGACUCCGAGUUUAGUGGUUCUUAUGUAACAGAUAGGCCGAUGCUCAGUUCCCCUGAUGGUGAUAAUCCUUCAGCAUGUGAUGUGAGCACAGUGUCUGUUCCAUCGAUUGCUGAAGCAUCUAACAGAUGUGAAAAACAAAAGAGAAGCAUAUUAGAAGAAAAAACCAGAUACAAAGGACAAAAUAGAAAAAGGAAAAGGGAAGGGCAAAGGAAAAGGAAAGGAAAAGGAAAGGGAUACCUAAUAACCUUUAAAGAAGUCAAUGUUGGUUGUCUGCUUAGGGUUAUACUCCAGACCAUAAAUUCACAAAAUUGGCAGACAUAUGCUCAAAGCACUUCAAUGAGAAUGAUUAAGUGUAUGAAGAAGACGAGUCCAGACUCCUGAAAGGGACGUUGCAUCCAUUCAGAUGCAUGCAGCGUUUGAUCUCUCCAGUUCAGAAACUUUCAGUUCUCUUUCAACCGAUGAGAGAAGGAAAAGGAAUAUUAUGUAGGAAAUCAGCAGAGUUCAGUUGUAGCCAAACCAUACGGGAUGGCAGUAGCUCCGCCAGAAAAAUAAUCAAGAUAAAAAUACUUAUUCUGAAAUUCUCAAGCUUGUAGUGAUGAAACAACAUUAAAUUUAAUUCUGUGUUUAUGUGAUUUAAUUAAUUCAAAAUAUGGCUUUUGUAUAUACCCAGAGAAAUAUUUACAAAUCUUUUUAAUACGAUUUCAUUUUGUAUUGAUUAGAUAUAUAUUCCUAUCUCCCUAAUAUGUAUUCAUAUCUACUUUACCGAAAUAUUCGACCGCUUUUGUAUGUUCAUGUUCACUUGUAUUUAUUAUUUAUUUGCCUUAUAUCUAUAUACAUAUUUUGGUUAACAAAUUAUUAUAUAUUAUUAUAUUUAUUUAUAAAAUUGGAUAUUCUGAUGACAUAUAUAUCAAUACAAAUACAAUUUCAAAUUUUUCA